AUGAAACCAUUCCUCCUAUUUCUUCUUGUUCUUGUUAUUUCAAAGAUUGAAACAAGUGAAGCUACAAGAACUCUUGAUGAAACUCAUCUUCUAUUGCCAUCUUUGCAAACCCGCUCUCCAGUUAAGACUCCAUCACCCAAUCCAGGAACCGGCGUCAGUGUGAAUAUGGCAAGCACGAUUACUGAAAGAAACUUUGUCGGUCGUAAAAAAGUUGUUUUUGCUCCUCCUCCUCCUCCUAAUAAUGCAUACCCUCAUGAUAAAACUCAUCUUCUAUUGCCAUCUUUGAAAACUCGUCCUCCAGUUAAGACUCCAUCACCCAAUCCAGGAACCGGCGCCAGUGUGAAUAUGGCAAGCACGAUUACUGAAAGAAACUUUGUCGGCCGUAAAAAAGUUGUUUUUGCUCCUCCUCCUCCUCCUCCUACUAAUGCAUACCCUCAUGAUGAAACUCAUUUUCUAUUGCCAUCUUUGCAAACUCGUCCUUCAGUUAAGACUCCAUCACCCAAUCCAGGAACCGGUGCCAGUGUGAAUAUGGCAAACACGAUUACUGAAAGAAACUUUGCCGGUCGUAAAAAAGUUUUUUUUGCUCCUCCUCCUCCUUCUAAUAAUGCAUACCCCCAUGAUAAAACUCAUCUUCUAUUACCAUCUUUGAAAACUCGUCCUCCAGUUAAGACUCCAUCACCCAAUCCAGGAACCGGCGCUAGUGUGAAUAUGGCAAGCACGAUUACUGAAAGAAACUUUGUCGGUCGUAAAAAAAUUAUUUUUGCUCCUCCUCCUCCUCCUACUAAUGCAUACCCUCAUGAUAAAACUCAUCUUCUAUUACCAUCUUUGAAAACUCGUCCUCCAGUUAAGACACCAUCACCCAAUCCAGGAACCGGCGCCAGUGUGAAUAUGGCAAGCACGAUUACGGAAAGAAACUUUGUCGGCCGUAAAAAAGUUGUUUUUGCUCCUCCUCCUCCUUCUAAUAAUUCACACCCUCUUGAUAAAACUCAUCUUCUAUUACCAUCUUUGAAAACCCGUCCUCCAGUUAAGACUCCAACACCCAAUCCAGGAACUGAGGCCAGCGUGAAUAUGGCAAGCAGAGUUACUGAAAGGAACUUUGCUGGCCGUAAAGAAGUUGUUUUUCCUCCUCCCCCUCCUUCUACUAAUGCAUACCCUCUUUAUGAAACUCAUAUUCUAUUACCAUCUUUGAAAACCCAUCGUCCAGUUAAGACUCCAACACCCAAUCCAGGAACUGAGGCCAGCGUGAACAUGGCAAGCAGGGUUACUGAAAGAAACUUUGCUGGUCGUAAAAAAAUUGUUUUUGCUCCUCCUACUACUAAUGCAUACCCCUCAAAAUAA